AUGAAUCAUAAACAAGUACUACCAGAGAAUGAACCGACAUCAACAACAACAACAACAGCAACUCCUUCAUCAUCCAAUCUUAUGGUUCCCAACACAACUAAACAAGUUUUGAAUUCGUUAAUUUUGGAUUUUUUGGUUAAACAUCAAUUUCAAGAUACUGCAAAAGCAUUUUCUAAAGAAAGUCCUAAUUUACCAUCAAUUCCUCCCUUGAUGGAUUGUUCUCAAGGAUUUUUAUUAGAAUGGUGGCAAGUUUUCUUUGAUUUAUUUCAAGUCAGAUAUGGAGAUGGUAAUAGUAACAAUAACCCUAACAAUAAACUUUAUCAUGAUUAUCUUCGAAUUCAAGAAGCUCAAAAACAUAUUUUGACUCAAUUUCCACUUGUGCAGCAGCAACAACAACAACAACAUUUUCAACAACAACAGGGACAGCAAGGACAAGGACAAGGACAGCCUUUCCAACAAAGAGGAAUUGGUGUUGCUGCUAGUGGUAUGCAAAACCAACAACAUCAAUUCCCACCACAGCAUCAAGGUCAACCUCAAGGACCCGGACAAACCCCUCAACCUCCAGGUUCAGCAACUAGUGCUAAUUUCCCUAUCAAUAUGCCACCAAAUCAAAAUCCACAACAACAAAUGUUCCCUAUGAACCAACAAUUUGCGCAAAUGCCAAAUGGUCAAAAUCAGCCUUCAAUUGAACAACAACAAAGAAUGGCAAUGAUGAUGAAACAACAAGCAAUAGCAGCACAAAGACAACAAAUCCCUAUGAAUGGUUUAGAUCCUCAACAACAACAACAAAUGAUGAAUGCUGUGGGUGGUGGGCCUAAUAAUUUGAAUUUGCAACAACAACUAUUUUUGCAACAACAACAACAACAACAACAACAGCAACAGCAACAACCUAAAACCACUUUCCAACAACAAGCACAAAAUCAAAUGAACAAUUUGCGUCAACAAGCAGCAUUGGUUGCUCAGCAGCAACAACAGCAGCAACAACAGAAUCAAUUGCAAAACAAUUUAGUAUCAGCAAUGGGUGAUUCAUCUCUGAAGAAUAAUUCUCCAGUUGGUACAAGAUCAAAUCAACAACCAACUCCACAACAAAAUGCUGCACCUGCCCCACUGCCACAUCCACAUCCUUCGCAGCAAGGUCAGACCCAAGCUCAACACAAUUUCCAGAAUCAACAACAGCAACAGAAACAUAUGAAUAAACUGGUUGGAUCUCAAGGAAUGAAAAAGAAUGGUCAAAUGUCGAAUGGUAAUAGUAGUAAUAGUAGUGGCAGAAACAAUAAUGCUCUACGAGAUUAUCAGAAUCAAUUAAUGUUAUUAGAAAGACAAAAUAAAGAGAGAUUAGAAUUUGCUAGAAACUCUGUUAAUUCCGAUCCUAAUCCAUUGACUAAUGGAAUGAUGUUUGCUGGUCAAAAUCAAAAUCAAAAUCAAAAUCAAUAUUCCAAUCAACUUCCUCCUAAUCAACAGCAACCAACACCAGCAACUUUCCAUCCGCCGCCACCACCACCAACAUCAGCAACAAUUGCCAAUGGAUCUCAAGGACAAGGACAAUUCAAUCAAAAGCCCUCACCGGCAACAUCUAACAAUUCACCUGCAUUAGGUAAUAAGUCAUCACCAGCAAUGAGUAAUAAGAAAUCAAAGAAAGAAUCUACUAAUAAAAAGAGUAAAAAGGGCAAUUCAAAUGCUUCUAUAGCAGGAAGUAAUAAAGCAUCUGGACAAACAACCCCAAUCAUAUCACAACCUCCUAGUGCUGGCACGGAGCAAAAGCAACCACAACCGGCAGAUCAAAUGCGUCAAUUACAAGACAAGCAACAACAGCAACGUCCAGGUUCUAAUACUCCAAGUAUGGGUAAGAAAGAUUUCCAACCAUUGACACCUCGUUCUGAACCAAUUAGUGGUGAAACCACUAAAAAGAAGCGUAAAUCAGGUAAAUUGAAUGAUAAUAAUGAAAAUAGUAAUGGUAAUUCACCAAAGAAACAACCUAAAAUUAAUAGUAAUUCUAAGAACUUGGAUCCUAUAAUCAAAGAAGAAGAUAAUGGAGUAUUAUCUAUGAAAAAAGAGUCUUCAACUUCAUUACAAGAUCAAGAUCUAGAUUUGAAUCCACCGAUGGCACCAACUCAAGCCACUUCUAUGUCCAAUACAUUUAACAAUGAUCCAUUUGAUGUUCAUUUAUUAGAUACUACACAACAACAACAACAACAUCACCACCAUCACCACCAAAACAAUGACGACAACAAUAGUGAUCGUAAUCAUCAUCUUUCAAAUGGUAGUAAUAAUCUUAGUGUAAGUGGUGGUUCAGGAAUUGGUGUCAAUAAUCUGGUAUUUGGUGAUUCGACUCAUGGAUUUGAUAUUAAUUUUAAUAUUGAUAGUCUUGAUGAUAUUUGGACAACUACUGGACCAGGUGGAGAUAUUACUGGCACUGGUUCAGGUUCAGGUGGUGGUACUGGUGGUACUGAUGAUGAUAAUUUCAUGGGAAUGAAUUGGGCUGCAGAUCCAAUUGAAAAUGGAGAUUAA